AUGACUCCUGUUAUCUUCCUGGUUGUCUUGUGCUUAGGAUUUAGAUCAAGUGCUUCGGCACUUGAUCCCAGUUUGGAUGCUGAAUGGGAAGAGUGGAAGAUACUCUAUGAAAAAUCAUACAGCCUGGAGGAAGAAGCACUGAGGAGAACAGUAUGGGAAAAGAACAUGAAAAUGAUUAAACUUCACAAUGGAGAGAAUGCCCUGGGGAAGAAUGGCUACACCAUGAAAAUGAACGCCUUUGGUGACAUGAUGAGUGCGACAUGCACCAGUGAAGAAUUCAAGAAAAUGAUGGUUGAUUUCCCAAUGCGAACCCUCAAGAGUAGGAAAGGCAUCUGGAAACGAUCUCUUCGUGGUUUACCCAAAUUUGUGGAUUGGCGAAAAGAAGGAUAUGUGACCCCUGUGCAGAAACAGGGUAACUGCAGUUCUUGUUGGGCUUUUGCUACAAUUGGUGCCAUAGAAGGACAAAUGUACAAAAAGACAGGCAAACUCAUUCCUCUGAGUGUCCAGAACCUAGUGGACUGUUCUAAACCUCAUGGCAAUAAUGGCUGUGAUUGGGGUAACACAUACUUUGCCUUUCGGUAUGUUUUGCACAACGGAGGUGUGGAGGCUGAGGCGACCUACCCAUAUGAAGGGAAA